GGAGGUGCUGCUGCCGCGGGCGGUUUGGCCUUUCUGCUGUGCCAGACACACUGCCCUGGGGGAGUUACUGGGGCCAUCGGUGGCAUGAUGGGCGCCAUGAACCCACUGAGCUUGUUUUCCAAGAAAGAUGAAGAUGACGCAGAGGACGAAGAGAACGCGGCGGACAGCAUGGACAAGUUGAAAAAAACAGAUCAGCACCAUUGAAAGGCAGUCCCAGCCGUAGUCGAAGAGAGCUUCAAUGAUUUCGUUGCAAACGAAGACUCUUCAAGGCGUGUCACCAAACAUUGUCCCCACUGAAAGUUGCAAAAGGAAUAGCUGAGAUAGCUGAAAUUCUUCUUAAGUUGAAUAUGGGCUCGACUUAUAAGGCUAUGCAGCAUGAACUGCAAGCUGACCUCAAUGGUGGGAGCUGCAGCUGGAGCUGCUGCAGGACACAUGUACAACAAGUACCAGAAUCGAGGCCCUGGUGGCGGCAUGUCCCCCGGCAUGGGUGGCGGCAUGGGAGCAGGUGGCAUGGGAGGCUACCAGAUGUUGGAUGAUUGGACUGCGCCUCCAUUCUUUGUGUUCAUGAAGCAGCUGGCUGACAUGCAGAGUGAUGUGAACCAAGCCAAUGCAGAAGUGCGACGGGUUUGUUUCUUGCAGAAUGAGGACGUGAAACUCAAAGACCGACAGGCAGCGCUGGACUUUAUUUGAAGGUGAGUAUCUGAGGGAAUUGAUGGGCCAAAGUCAGUCCAAGGAACAAACACGCAGGAAGCAAAGACAAUUUGGACUUGUGUUUGAUAUUCACACCUUCCAAAUGAUUCUUGCUCGUGUGAAAUGUGCUGAGGGGGCGCAGUCUCACCCAUCCAAUGCCU